UCUAUGUUGCGAUAGCUCCAACUUAUUUGUUAGCUUUAAGUAACAGCUUACAUACAAUAUCUCACUAAAUCGAAUUACAAUAGCAACAAUGCAGGGCCGCUCUCAAAGGAGCGAAAGGCCCUCAACGGCAUCCAGCACCCGCUCCGGUGCUGCUGCCCGAUCUGGUAUUCGACAACCUACCAACAGAGCUUCAUCGCUUCGAAACCAAGCACUUCAUCAUCAUACUGCCGUUGCCGGAAGAAUCCCCAGGAAUGCGGCGCCUUCACCAGCGCCGUCGCUGGCAUCUUCCGCCACCUUAGGCGCCAAGCGCAAGGAGCGCGAUUACGAGAUAGAGGCAACCACGGAGACAAAUAUCGACGUAGUUGUCAGAUGUCGAGGACGCAAUGACCGAGAAGUACAAGAGAACAGUGCCGUCGUUGUCUCCACCGAGGGUGUGAAGGGGAAAUUAGUCGAAUUAUCCAUGGGGCCAAGUGCCUUGAGCAACAAAACAUAUAACUUUGACCGUGUCUUCUCUCAAGCCGCCGACCAGAGUGUGCUAUAUGACGAUGUUGUCAAGCCUAUUCUCGAAGAGAUGCUUAGCGGAUACAAUUGCACCAUAUUUGCCUAUGGCCAAACCGGUACUGGUAAAACAUACACCAUGUCUGGUGAUAUGAAUACUACUUUAGGCCUGCUCUCUGAUGAUGCCGGAAUCAUUCCUCGAGUCUUGCAAUCUCUCUUUCACAAGCUAGAUGCUGAAAAUACCGACAGCUUUGUCAAAUGCUCGUUUAUCGAACUCUACAAUGAGGAACUUCGCGAUCUCAUUUCCGUCGAAGAAAACGCCAAGUUAAAGAUAUUUGAUGACGCGUCCCGGAGAGGUCACGCGACUACCGUCGUCCAAGGCAUGCAGGAGACGCAUAUCAGGAACGCGGCGGAGGGUAUCAAACUACUGCAAGACGGCAGUCUAAAAAGACAAGUUGCCGCUACUAAAUGCAAUGACCUCAGUAGUCGAAGCCAUACCGUGUUUACCAUCACGGCGUGCGUAAAACAGACUGAAGGCGAUGCGGAGUACGUCAGUGCUGGAAAGCUGAAUCUAGUGGAUCUUGCUGGCAGCGAGAACAUACAGCGCUCUGGGGCUGAGAACAAGAGAGCUGCCGAGGCCGGCCUGAUAAACAAAAGUUUGCUUACUCUCGGGCGUGUUAUCAACGCGCUUGUUGAACGCAGCUCACAUAUUCCCUACAGAGAAUCUAAAUUAACGAGGCUACUACAAGACUCUUUAGGCGGUCGCACGAAGACCUGCAUCAUCGCUACUAUUUCGCCAGCGAAGAGCAAUCUCGAAGAAACCAUAUCCACUCUCGACUACGCCUUUAGAGCGAAGAACAUCCGGAACAAACCUCAGGUCAAUCAGCGAAUUAACAAAGAAACUCUUCUCAGGGAAUUUACCAACGAGAUCGAACGACUGAGAAGCGAGCUGAUCGCGACCCGUCAACGAAACGGUGUCUAUCUGGCAAAUGAGAGAUAUGAACAAAUGACUGCGGAGAGCGAAUCACGUAGGAUCCGAAAUGAGGAGCAGGCUGCCAAGAUCGAAUCCCUCGAGUCUAACCUAAGAAACAAAGUCCAAGAACUACUUUCCUUAACUUCCAGUUUCAUGGGUCUGAAGGAGGAUAACGAAGCUACGAAGGCCCAGCUUGAUGAAACUCAGGGUGUUCUCGACCAGACCGAGUUGGUGCUUGAAGCAACCCGCAAGAGUCUCGCGGAAGAAAGACACUUACGCAAGGCACACCAGAAGACUGAGGAGCAGAUGCAGGUAAUUGGCGGCGAACUCAUCACUACGAUCCAUAAGACUAUCAAGGAUGUGGGUGGUCUACACGCCAAAAAUAAAAGAAAGUCGGAUAUACAGUCGUUGAAUCGGACAAACUGGAAAACAGCUCAAAGCGAGGUGUCGGAUGUGACUUCGCUCGUGGAAGGCCGUGUGGAAGAAUUCCGCAAUGAGCAGCAGCAACAUAUUUCGAGUAUCUCAACGCGAAUGCAAUCAUUCGUGCAGGAAGAGCUGCAAAAACUCUCCACCACUCAAUCAUUCCUCGACCAGAACCUAGAGCUCUACACCCAGUCUAAGAGAGAGCUGAUGGAACAGAAAGAGAAGUCCAAAGAAGAAAUGGACGAAGUACUUGAAGAGAUCAAGGAAGUGCGAGACUACAUCAAAGAGAAGGUGGGCGAGAGCCUUCAGGCUAUUGCGACGGCAGCCGAAAGAAUAGCUCAGGAUGUCCUCAGCGAACUGGGUAUUUUUCAUAAUCAGUUGCAUACAUCGUACUCUUCUCUCGGUAAAGAUUUCAAGACCAUUUUCGAAGAUUUAUUGAGGCAUAUAACCUCUCAAAGGGAAGAAUCCGAUAGUCUCAGGGAACAGCUUCGCCAAGCAAGCAACACGAUCAUCCAGUCAAAUGCUUCUAUCUCGUCACAACUACAAGAAGCCGUAAACGAAGAGCGCCGGCAAGCGGCCGAGGAACGACAGAAUCUCCUAGCGCAGAUUACGGCUCUCAUCAAUUCCCAAGCUGAAAUUCAGGAAUCGCGUCUAGCGAGCAAGGCUGUUUCUAUUCACCAGAGCGUGCAGGAGAAUAGUGCUACACUGGAAAGGAGCAUGGCGGAAUACUCUCAGGGAGUGGAUAAUUGGAACAAGAAAGAGGAUCAACUUCUUGAUGAAGUUGCCAAUUCUCGAGAAAUAUUGAAGACUAAGCUCAAAGAUGAUUGGGCAAUUGCCAAUAAGCAUAGCACUUCAAUCCAGGACACAACCGAGUCAGUACACGCCGAGACUGUGCGGGUUGUGGAUGAACAAAUGAAGGAUCUUCAAGAGCAGAUGACUACCCUAGACGAUUUCGUUUCUCGAGCCCGAGAGCAAAACGCCCUACACCACGAUCAACAUGUCGAUUCAGUAGAGGGCUUAUCUAGUACUAUCGAAGAUUCAUACGCAAAUAUCGCCGAUCACUUCAAGAGCACUUAUUCUAGGGUUCAAGACCUUGGCUCAGAAAUGGAGAUUGAUGUCGUCAACGCGCAAAACUCUUUGGAGCCCCUUUCAGAAAAACUCUGCCAACCUCUCGCCGAUCUUCGAGAAGAUAUUAAUAACACGAUGCUCCAAGAAUAUCAGCCAACUGGGGAUACACCACGAAAAACGACGUAUGAAUAUCCCACAGAGCUUCCACAUACCAAGCCACAUGAGGCACUUCUUAGAGAGUUAAAUGGCGAGCCAUCGCCCAGUAAAGCUAAGGUCUUUUCCGACUCGGACCCGACUUUAUCAGAAAAUCGAUCGCCGUCUAGGCCUUUUUCGUCAGAGAACACGUUCCCACUUUCAGAACGCGAUCAUAACCCCUUAUCAAUGAGUUUACGAGAGGUGCAUCCUAACCUAAACCUUAAUGCGAUAGGCGCGAGCGGUUUUGACGCUCACGCCAACGCCACAGUUCAUGGGCUUGGAGCUAACGUCGGCUCAGAGAUGAUGAACGCACCCGCAAAGGCAGACGGAGAUUUAACGAUGCCAGUGUUUAAGAGGAGCAGGACGACACGAUCGUCAAGGGCGAGCAAGCUCUCGAUGCCCGCCGAAGGGCGUGAAAAUAUACCCCUCCUCUCAUCGAUGAUACCCGGAGGUGGUAGAGAGGUCUUUUCCCAGAGUAUCUCUAGAAGGAAGAGCCCAAGGCUAAAUUAAACAGCCUCAUUCAGAGAGAUGUCUUUUGCAGAGGACGUUGCCAGUUCAAUUUCAAAGUGAUUGUUGUCUAACUUACUGGAGUUUUAUGGGGGCAGCGGCGAGAUGAGUAUCUGCAUAUUUAUUUGUUUUUAGGAACGAAAGGGAACAAUGGCUUGAUACCUUCUCCUUGAAGCUUUUCUCCUGUCUUGGUUGAUCAAUGUGGCCAGUAUAUUAGAUACCCCAGACUCUUGACUGCUUGUUGAAAAUAGGAACAGGAUAAUAUCUUUAUUCUCACCUUAGGUGCUUUUUGUCCGAACCAGUGCUAGUUCGUUAAUGUUGUGGUUCUUUCCACGCACGGCUCUAUACGACGCUAUUCCUUGCCGUAUACUCCUUAGUUAAUAGUGGCUCUGCCUUAGAAAUGCUUCAUGGCAUUUCUACGAAAGUAUCUUGAAUUGAGAACAUGUCUUGGCACAUUUUUGGUUUUGCCAUCCCAUACUUACCUCUAGCCAUUGUCAGACUGAUGCCGAACCGUUCAUCAAUUCAGACAGGUUUGCCGACUAUACAUGUCGGCAACUAUACUUAGAAACUAUACCUAUCAGCAACUACAGCUUUUGGUCGCUAUCUUGUUAGCAACUAUACUUGUUGAUAGUCAUACUUGCCGGCAACUAUACUAAUUGGCAACUACCAUAUUCACUUCACUAGCAAUAACUAUACUCACCGGCGAUG